GCAUCGGGGAUGUUUUUGGUCCUAGAGUCAUCGGCAUUGCCUGGCGUCGUUCUUUGGCAUUAUAUCUAGAUGGGGGUCCAUCUAUGUUUUCACCCCCCCAAACACCGCAAGACUCCUCUCCCCACAUUGGGUGGGGUUGCUUAUCAUACUAUCCAGUGUAGAAAAGAAAAAGCAUAUUCGUGAGACAACUCGUCUGUUUCCAGCUUCCAACUCCUGUGCUUCAUUGUGAAUAAAACAUUGAACCAAAAAGUCAGACGUGAGUGAUGACUGGACUGGUUGUACUCGUUGAGUCAAUCGGUUCAAUCGAUCACGCUAGACACUUGACGUCCCGCAAGGCUGCAUGGAUUGGAUUUGACGGUCGACCACUCAUCAAAUCCAAUCCGUGCCAUCUACAAAUGAAUUUUAUAUCCAACAUAUUGACCCUUUCCAACACCAACACCUCAAGAUCCGGCGCCCACUUCCUCACAGCAUUUCGACAUCUACCCCAAACGGCAAUCAAAUCAUCAAACACACAUUUCCAACUACCACUAUCCUCCCAUCUACGUCAUCCAACCUUCCCACCACCCCAACCAUCACGUGGCCUUCAAACCUCCAACGGAAAAAAGGAACCAACACCAACCAUAAAGAAACAAGAAAGAGAAACGAACGCAAUGAACCGCCGUCCAAACCGCCAGCACUCCGCCCGCCCUUCCCCCUCGACCACAUCAAGCGUUGUCCCCCGGCACGCCGCCAUCUCCCCCGGCACCCCCGUCUCCAUAGUCCUGAAAGUCGACCAACCCACCGGCAGGCAAGUCACGGGCAUCGUGUCUGACGUCCUCACUUCUGGCGACCACCCGCGGGGCGUCAAGGUUCGGCUCCGGGACGGGAGGGUGGGGAGGGUGCAGCGUGUUGUUAGUGAGGAGGUGGGUGUUGAGGGGGAGGAGGGCGUUGGUGGUGCUGGGGCGGGGUUGGGGAGAGAUGGGGAGGGUGAUGGGUCUUCUUUUGGAUCUGGUAGAGGGAGAGGCAGAGGUGGUAGGGGGAGGGGAGGACGGGGGAGAGGAAGAGGUGGGGGUUUUAGACAUGUGGAGGAUGUUAGGGGGGAUGAGUAUGUUUGGGAUGAGGGGAAGAGGAGAAAUGAAGGGACCGCUGGGUUUUGGGGGUUGGAGGCUUUGGAGGCGAGGGAUAGGGAGGAGGAGAAUGGGAGGAGAGGUGAUGGGGGGAGAGGGAUGGGUGAGGUGGCGGUUUGUCCGGUCUGUGGGGAUUUUGAAGGGGAUGAGAGGGCGGUUGCGCACCAUGUUGAAGGGCAUUUUGGGGGGUGAUGGGGGAGGGAAGGGAUAUGGA